AUGGAUGUGCUGCGAAACUUCGAAGUUCAAUGGGUGCAAGGAUUCACCAAUAGCACAUUUAAAUUCGCCGACAAGAAAACAGCAUGCUACACCUGCGGAAACUUCAUUGUUUUCCUCAAUGUGGAAACUAAAGCGAGGAAGACUUUGCAGAGUCCUGGUUCUGGUAUUGGGGCAUUUACAGCCAGCGGGCAUCGAAGGUGUCUUGCUUUCUCAGAUCUCGGACUCAAUCCUUCCAUCUUUAUCUACAAAUAUCCAGAGCUUGAGCUAAUGAGUGAACUGAAAGGCACAACUAAACUGGGCUAUACAGCUUUGGCACUUUGUGAUACUGGUCCUUAUUUAGUUAGUGCAUCACCUAUGCCUGAUCACACCAUCACAUUAUGGAACUGGGAGAGUGGCCUUCCACUUUGUAGCCGUUCUCUUUUGGAUGAGGACAUCUCAGCACUGGUUUUCAACCCCAUGAACUGGUGUCAAAUUUGUGCAAUAAAAUCAAAGUCUCUUACCAUCUGGAAUGUUGAAAGAUGUGACAACUACCAUUUAAUGAAGCCUAGUGCUGUCAAUCUCCCUGGCACUGAUGGUUUAGCUAUAGAGUGUGAACCAAACUCGUCUCAUUUACUCAAUGGGAAGCUGACAUACUUAGGUCCUCAAAUGCCCACUUCAGCAAUUGCUGGACUGAUUGGAGACCAAGCUGACAACUUUGUGCCUUUGAAACUAAUAAAACCAAGACUGUGUCCGAGUGCCAUCUGCUGGUCAGUUUCUUCUGACCUGUAUGUUGGUUGCAAGGAAGGUUUUCUGCUUUGUGUGAAUCCUGAAACUUCGCAUGUCUCCGUUUUAUAUAAACCACAAACCGAAGUAACCACAGAUGAUAAUGAAAUGCCCAUGCAGGAGGGCAGUUUCCAGAGCUUAGUCCUCCAGGACUCUAAACUCUUUGCUGCAGGAAUGGAAGGUGUUUUACGAAGCAUACAAAUUAAAGGAAACAAACUGGAGGUUGUGCAGACCUGGGCUUUAGAAGAGGCAGCCUCUGCUAUGUGCUUUUCCCCUGAUGGUGAGACGCUGCUGCUAACGACUAAUACAGGCUGUGUUUACAGAUUCAAGCCACUGCUAAAGGAUAAAGCUGUCAAAGUCCUGGAUGUCCUUUGUGGAGAUUUUGUGACUGUUGCUCCAGUUUGCACCGAUAGAAGCAUUUGUUUGUCAGUUAGAGAAGCAGGAGUUGUACAGCUGUGGGCUCUGGAUGAUGGACUUUGCAUGGGCUCAAUCUCUCUGCAAACACACGUAACUAGUAUGGCAUGCUGCCCCAUAGCGCAGUACGUUGUGGUAGGGACGGCCACCGGAGAUGUGCUGUUUGUGGAGAUGAGCACAAAACAGAAGCUCAGGGUAGUUCACAGAGUUCAUCUCUACCACGUGCCUGUAGACCAUUUGGUAUUUGAUCAAGGUGGCAACUGCUUAAUCACAGGAGCCUCAGACUCACGUGUGUUUGUGCUGGAUUCAAGGCCAUCAAAAGGAUUUGAUAUUAUCGGAUGGAUUGAGGCUCCAGGUGCGAUUGUAAGCCUUUCCACUCAGUACUACCAAGAAAGUAAACAGAUUAAAGUUCUGGUUUUAUGCAACAAAUCGGAGAAGGAAAUCAGCGAGGGAAAUGUGCUUCUGCUACUGACACUAUUUUCUCAACAGCUCACAGACUCAACCGGUUGUAUGGAUGCCUAUGGCUGUCUGCGUAAAGAAGUGUUUGACAGCUGUGUGUUGGAGCUCCCUCACUCUCUCUGCUCCUGUGUACUGGCCGUAAACAAGAUAUUUGGUUACUGCCAACAGAGAAAAGUCCUGCAAAGAUUCAGUAUCCCUGAGAAUGGAGAAAAUCCUAAUAUUGUAAUUCAGCUGAUCCCAGAGAAGGAGACAAGAAGCCAUUUAUUGAGUCCUGCAUUUCUCCAGCUUUCUCCACAUCAUACCUGGCUGGCAUCGGUUGGCAGAGAUGGACUUCUACGCAUCUGUGAGAUCUCAGAAAUGGACAGGUAUGUGCAGCUGCAGUGCCACUCAUGUUGGCAGGGUGGAGUCGGAUCUGUUUGUUUUACUCCAGACAGUCAGACCAUCAUCACCUCAGGCCUGAGGGACGGCUCACUUGUCUGCAGCAGAGUUGGCGGGAUGGUUCUGUUCUGGGCAAAACUCCAUGCACGUGUCCAUGCAGGCAGGCAUGGACAGGAGUGGGGAGCGCAGCAGCGAGUCAACGUGGAGGAGGAGCUCAAGAUUGCGAAUCUGGUUCACUCCAUUCAAACAGAAGAUGAGAUCCUCACCAGAGAGAAACAGCUGAGCUUUAAACUAGAAAAGGCACGAAUUGUAAAGAAUCAAAUUGGGGAGGAAUUGAAAAAGCACAAGGAGACUGUUGAUGAGUUUAGAGAGGCGUAUGAGAACGCGGUCGCUGAGGACAAAAUACUUGAUAAAGGAUUCCGCAAAGAGUUUUAUGAUGUCCCUGGACACUCAAUUGACCAGCUCUAUAAACUUUACAAACGUAGACCAAGGGUUCAGAGGAUGAAAACACAGACUGAAAAUAACCCAUUUAAAGAAGGGGCAGCACCAUCUGAUGGACUCUCUGUGAUGAUGAAAACCAUGGAGGAGUUGGACGCUCCAGAGCACAUGCUGGAAGGCUUAGAUCCAGCUGUGUGGGAGAGGUUUUGCCUGGCAAGACGGGCCAAAGUGGAAAGCGAACAAAAGGUCAAACUAAAGGCACUGACUCUGGCAGAAAUGCAGGCCUUUCUUCAGAGGAGAAUAGAUGAGGAUGACGAAGCUCAACUUGUAAUAAAAAAUCUCAUCGAUGAGCUUAAUGGGCUGUGUGAUGAGAAGAUGAGGUUUCGACUGGACAGUAUGGUGCAGAUUGUUCUUCAGCAGGGUCAGGUGGAGGUGGAGGCUGGAGACUUCAUUGCUGACUAUAGCAAUGCUCUGCUGAUCCAACGUAAAGUUGUUGAGGACCUGAACUGCACUAUCAGGGCUUUAGGAGAUCAGAAAAUCACCACCAUGGUGGAGUGUAAAGAUUUCCGCAAAGGAAUCAUCCAGCAGGAGUGGGAACACAGGAGAAUGAGGAUGCAGCUGGAGGAUCUCAGCAACAAAGCCAGAAACAUACAGACGCUGCGCAUCACUCAGGACAUUCAAGAUUACCUGAAUGAAACAAAUAAUGACAACAGGGUGUCAAAGCAACUCACAACUCUGGAGAGGACCUUAGACUUACAAAAAACGGCUCAUCAAAAGAAAGUUGAGAUUUGCAAGAAACAGAAAAGGCAGCUGGACAGACAAGCUGCACAGAUGCAGGAGAAGAACGCAGCCCUCGAUUUGAGAGUGGCAGAAAUGGAGAUAACUGUCGCAGAGAGGAGAAAUAUUUACGAGGCUGCUGCAAUGGGAGAUAACCAGGAGACAGAGUCAGACAAGAACUACCAGGACAUCAUCCUGAGAAAGAAGCUGCUGGCCAUCGCCAGAGCUCAGUCUGAAGAGCUGCUCCUGCUGAGAGCGGAGCUGGAGAAACUGCGCAUGAAGAACUUCCCAUCUCUCUCUCAACUGCACUACAACUGA